AUGUUCAAACGACCAUUAGUACUCUUAUCGAGCGCAAAGCCGUGCCUCAAAACGCCAGUCUUCCAACCCUCUCGGCACUUUACAUCUCAAGCUCCUCGCCUAGCCAAAUCCUCUGCGCGACAAGCCUCCAAAGCGCAACCAAACACAAAACCAGCAAGCAAAAAGCCAGCGAGCCAGCAACCACCUCGCAAGAAUAUCACAGAUAUUAGAUUCAUUGGUCGUAAAUCAGCGAGCUACGCAGAGAUAGACCGCAAAGUAGCCCAAAAGGGCGAAGUCGUCCUUUUCAAAUCCUCAUCACAACGGUCCUACAUUACCGGCGCAUACGGUAUCGCCGCAUUCGCAUUCGGAUAUGCCGUUAUCAAUUCCUCGCUCGACUACCAGGAUACUCGAGCCAAUCUAGCGUAUUGGCAGAAAAGCCUCAAUAUCGGUGUAUGCAUCGUGAUGAGCGUUAUGGGCACAGUCUUCAUAUCGAGGACAUCAAGGCUUGUCCGGGAUAUAACAGCGGUGGAUAUCAAAGGCAAGACUUUUCUAAGAGUCAGAGUGCGCUCGAUGACACCCUUUCGAAGACCGUAUACAGUCACCGUUGCGCCGAAUCAGAUGCUUUUCCACGAACGACUAGUCGCGGGCUCUCCUAUGCCUCAAGCCAAAGACCUCAAGAUCUCAUUUUUGAAGAAUCCAUUGAAAGCGAUCAAUUUCAGUCUUUUCAAGACUUUUAUAUCUAUUCGUCGAAUUUUUACGCAGGAGGAUUUCAUUAUGAUGGAGAUGCAAGGGCAAAAGGGUGCUUAUCGGGUGGGCAUUGAUGGCUAUGUUUCUGAUGAUUUGCUUGCCCUCGCCAGUCCCACCGGACAGCCUGUUGGACAACGAUGA